CACCACCAUGCCCACCAACGCGAAUGCCCUCCUCGACCCCGCGCAGGCCCUCGAGCACCUGAAGAGCUAUGAACGCUCCGACGGACUCGCGGUUGCCGAUUUGAUGGACUCCCGUGUCCACGGCGGCCUCACGUACAACGACUUCCUCCUCCUCCCCGGCAAGAUUGACUUCGCCGCUCAGGAGGCCCUCACGGAGAGUCGUAUCACGCGGAACGUCACUCUGAAGACGCCGUUCAUGAGCAGCCCCAUGGACACCGUCACAGAGAGCGAGAUGGCUAUCGCAAUGGCGCUCCUCGGCGGGAUUGGUGUCAUUCACCACAAUCAGGCCCCGGAAGCUCAAGCCGCGAUGGUGCGCGCGGUGAAAAGGCAUGAAAAUGGGUUCAUCACCGACCCGGUCGUGCUCUCUCCCUCGAACACGGUGGAGGACGUCCUGGACGUCAAGGAGCGGUUGGGAUUUGCCGGUAUCCCCAUCACAGACGACGGAAAACUUGGCGGCAAGCUUGUGGGCAUAGUCACUGCGAGGGAUGUCCAGUUCCGCGCUCCGACGGUUCUCUUGUCCGAGGUCAUGACCAAAGAUCUUGUCACCGCCCAGGAGGGCAUCACCCUCAAAGAAGCGAACGACAUCCUCCGCGACUCGAAGAAGGGCAAGCUGCCCCUCGUUAACAAGGAGGGCCGUCUCAUCUCCCUUCUCGCUCGCUCGGACUUGCUCAAGAACAAGACCUACCCUCUCGCUUCCAAACUCCCUGAGAGCAAGCAGCUCUAUGCUGCGGCUGCCGUCGGCACCCGUCCGGCUGACCGGGAGCGCCUUGCCCUCCUCGCUGAGGCCGGUCUUGACAUCGUCGUCCUGGACUCAUCCCAGGGCAACUCAGUCUUCCAGAUCGAGAUGAUCAAGUGGAUCAAGCAGACGUACCCUAAGCUCGAGGUCAUCGCUGGCAACGUCGUUACUCGUGAACAAGCUGCAAGCCUCAUCGCUGCUGGAGCCGAUGGUCUCCGUGUCGGCAUGGGCUCUGGUUCUAUCUGUAUCACGCAGGAGGUCAUGGCCGUUGGUCGUCCGCAGGCCACCGCGGUAUAUGCCGUCGCUGAGUUCUCCAACAAGUUUGGCGUUCCCGUCAUCGCUGACGGUGGGAUCGGCAACGUCGGUCACAUUGUGAAAGCUCUUGCCCUUGGCGCGGGGGCGGUCAUGAUGGGUGGUAUGCUCGCGGGAACGACUGAAGCGCCUGGCGAGUACUUCUGGCAUGAAGGCAAGCGGGUCAAGGCGUACCGUGGCAUGGGGAGUCUCGAGGCAAUGGAGCAAGGCAAGCCGGUGCCUCCGUCCGCGCAACGCGGCGGAAAGGGCCCUGGGUCAUCCAAACUCCCCGCGAAGAACACGACGCACGAGAACGCGGCUACCUCACGCUAUUUCUCCGAGUCGUCUGCUGUCAAAGUCGCCCAAGGCGUAUCUGGCGACGUCCAGGACAAGGGCUCAGUGCACGCGUUCCUCCCCUACCUCUACGUUGGCCUGCAGCAUUCGUUCCAGGAUAUCGGUGUGCGCAGUGUCAGCGAGCUUCGCGAGUCGGUGGAGGCGGGUAGGACGCGCUUCGAGCUUCGUACUGCCAGCGCACAGAUCGAGGGCGGCGUGCAUGGUCUGAACUCGUACACGAAGCGGCUGUUCACUUCAUGAUCAUAGGGCAGUAAGUUGGGCUUUCCGUUGUCGAGCGCUGAGCACACAGUUGUACUUCAUAAUUGUUGUACUACUACACCAUCUUGCAUAUCAUCAUCGCGCAUUGCACAGGAUGUCUUGGCG